AUGAGAAACUAUGAGGAGAACUGCUGCGUUCGGCCGCUGUACAUUGUCCGGCAGGAUCUGGGCUGGAGGUGGAUCCACGAGCCGAAAGGGUAUCACGCCAACUUCUGCUCCGGGCCGUGCCCGUAUCUCCGCAGCGCCGACACCACGCACAGCUCGCUGCUGAGCCUGUACAACACGCUGAACCCCGAGGCGUCCGCUUCCCCCUGCUGCGUUCCUCAAGACCUGGAGCCGCUCACCAUCCUCUACUACGUGGGCCGAACGCCUAAAGUGGAGCAGCUCUCCAACAUGAUCGUCAAAUCCUGCAAGUGCAGCUGAGGGGCCUGAGACCCCGGCCCUGAGCCCGACACGGGUUCCAGCGCUCGAGGGGCGACAGGAAGGGUGCGUGCCAGGAACUGGACUCUUGAAUGAAUACCUCUAUACAUCCUUCUCACCCACAUCCAACCCGGGAGCCAGAGGCUUCUCUAAGCACUAGAAAGUACGCUGCCCUACGAUCCCUUGGACUUCUAGUUUGACGUUUGAAGUGACUUGUCCACUUUUAAUGUGUAUUUUUUGGUCAGCUCUUUUAACGGCGAACCUCAAGGGCAUUUGUGAACGCUGACCUUUGUAAGAUCCACAGCGGCUUCACUGAGGACGACACUGAUCGACAUGCGCCGACCCUUGUGUUUUCGUGUAACGCAUUUGAGCACGCCAUUUCCCAGACUGAACGUUGUAGUGUGUAAUCGGCACCGUUUGUCUAAUGCGACGGUGUAAAUGUUAAUACAAACAUGCUGGAAAGAAAUCUUUUGAGAAAACAAUGUGUUUUGACUUAUGUUUACCUCUGUCACUCGGCAGAAGUUUUAGGGAUUUUUAUAGUUCUUCAAUGAAGCUGAUGUUUGGAAAUGACGUAUGCUGACACAUGAACUUUUUAGAUCACAAACUGCUAAUGUUUUUACUGCUAUUACUCCUGAAAACACUUUUUUUAAUUAAACAGUCUUGGACAAAAA